GGCAUCAAACAUUUCAGCCCUGUUAUCAGAUUCCUUCUCUCUCUUCCAACAAGAAAAACUUCCAUUAAAACACCAUGAAAUUCAGACACACCAAAACCUGAAACAGACUGUUCAUUCUUCUGCUUCCUUCUUGAGAAGAAGCUGAAGCUACUACCACUUCGAUUAGAUAGAUGGCUUCAGCCAGCUUCACUCUACUUCAGCUCCCAAACUACUCCUCCCUUCAUACAACUUCAAGCAAGAGAUAUGGAAUUGGAAGAACCACCACCUCAAUUUCACUCCCCAAAAUCACAAAUACAAGAAGAAGAGGAAGAAGAAGAUGUCACUCUUCAUUAAAUGGGUCAAGUGGUGGCCAAGGAGACGGUAAUUUCAAGAGCGCUGAACAACUUCUGGAAGAGAAACAACGAGCUGAAUUAGCUGCCAGAAUUGCUUCAGGAGAAUUCACUGUUGAAGAACAAUCUGGUUAUCUUCCCAAAUUGAGAAAUGCCUUGGAGAAAUUUGGAGUACCAGAACUGCUAUUAAAUUUUGUAUCAACCAAAGGAAAGGGGGGAGAGACUUUAAAGAUCAUCCCACAAGCAAGAGGAGCACUAAGUGCUUUGAGGGGUCAACCCUUUUUCAUUCCUCUCUAUAAUCUUUUCCUCACCUAUGGUGGAAUUUUCAGACUCAAUUUCGGUCCCAAGUCCUUUUUGAUAGUUUCUGAUCCAGCCAUUGCUAAGCACAUUUUGAAGGACAACUCUAAGGCUUACUCAAAGGGUAUAUUGGCAGAAAUAUUAGAAUUUGUAAUGGGGACAGGACUUAUUCCAGCUGAUGGGGAAGUCUGGCGUGUCCGCAGACGGGCUGUAGUCCCAGCACUUCAUCAGAAGUAUGUAGCCGCUAUGAUUGGCCUUUUCGUAAGUGCUACUGAUAGGCUAUGCAAGAAGCUAGAUGCUGCUGCGUCUGACGGGGAGGAUGUCGAGAUGGAGUCCCUCUUUUCACGCUUGACGUUGGAUGUCAUUGGGAAGGCAGUGUUCAAUUAUGAUUUUGAUUCAUUAGAGAAUGAUACAGGAAUAGUUGAUGCUGUUUACACGGUUUUGAGAGAAGCAGAAGAUCGGAGUGUUUCUCCAAUUCCUGUGUGGAACAUUCCAGUAUGGAAAGAUAUUUCACCCAGGCAAAGGAAGGUUUCAGAAGCUCUCAAUCUGAUUAACAAUAUACUAGAUGAUCUGAUUGCGAUAUGCAAGAGGAUGGUGGAAGAAGAAGAAUUGCAGUUCCAUGAAGAAUACAUGAACGAGCAGGAUCCUAGUAUUCUUCACUUCCUUUUGGCAUCAGGCGACGAUGUUUCAAGCAAACAACUACGUGAUGACUUGAUGACAAUGCUUAUAGCAGGUCAUGAAACAUCUGCUGCGGUGUUAACUUGGACCUUUUUUCUUCUCUCCAAGGAACCUGGUGUAAUGGCGAAGCUCCAAAGCGAGGUUGAUUCUGUCUUAGGGGAUCGCUUCCCUACCAUCGAAGACAUGAAGAAACUAAAAUAUACAACUCGAGUAAUCAAUGAAUCUUUGAGGCUUUAUCCGCAACCACCUGUCUUGAUCCGGCGUUCUCUUCAAGAUGACAUGCUUGGCGAAUACCCGAUAACAAGAGGUGAAGACAUCUUUAUAUCUGUUUGGAACCUGCAUCACUGUCCCAAUCAUUGGAUCAACGCGGAGAAAUUCGACCCGGAGAGGUGGCCUCUGGAUGGACCAAACCCCAACGAAUCAAACCAGAACUUCAGUUACUUGCCCUUCGGUGGAGGCCCUAGAAAAUGUCUAGGUGACAUGUUUGCCACUUUUGAGACUGUAGUGGCUGUUGCAAUGCUUGUUCAGAGGUUCGAUUUUCAAAUGGCCAUAGGAGCACCUCCAGUGGAGAUGACAACUGGAGCAACCAUCCACACAACAGAAGGCUUGUUGAUGACAGUUACCCGAAGAACCAAACGUCUCAUAAUUCCCACAUUGGAGAUGAAACUAGCAACAUCAGUAAAAGUAGAAGCUGAUGAUUCUCUUAAGAAUCCUUCUGCGGUGCAACGGUAGCAUUACAUGCUAAAUCCCUCGGGGAGGACAGCAAACAAGAUGAGGUGUCACUGGCUCUUUUAUCUAAUGGGGAUUCCAUCUUGCCACAUCCGACACGAGAUAGCAACAUGGACGCCCCAUUUCCAAUUUCUAGAGAAAGAGACCAUCGACCCUAAUUACCCGUAAUAGUUGAGCACAAGAAGAUAGAUAAAAAAGAAGAAGCCUUAGCUGAUUAAAUGUAUAGCAGAAUGAAUGCAAAACUGGUGCAGCAAUCCCAGGUCUGGCAAGUUCGUUUUUUUCUUUUCUUUUCUUUCCUUUCCUUUUCUGGCUCUUAAUCAUGUUAUAAGGUAUUGCUACUCGGAUGUAAUUGAUAAUAUCAUGAAUACAUUAAUUAUCAUAAGUAUCUGAAAUUUCACCAUUCUUUC